AUGAGCAUUGGGGAUGAAUGUGGGAUUGAUCUGGUCAAAUUUGGAGGAACAUAUUCGUCGAAAUUAAUGUAGGAUUCGAAAGUGCAUAUGAAACCCUAUAAGUACCAAUACUUAGCCGUUCAACAUCCCAUCUCAAGCCUAACAAACAGAACCAUAAACUCUUCUCUAUCUAAUUUUAGCAAUUCAAGCCUUUUCCUGAACACUCUUUCCCCUUCUCUCUCUCCCCGCGUCGCUCUUCCUCGUAUUGUUCAGCGUUUGUUAAUGUCUUCGACGAUGGAAAGAACAAAGAGUAUUCCUCUCCAGCCGCCAACUUAUGGGAACCUAAUUACUAUUCUUAGCAUCGAUGGGGGUGGAAUCAGGGGCCUCAUCCCCGGGACUAUCCUCGCCUUCCUCGAGUCCGAGCUUCAGAAACUAGAUGGUGAGGAUGCAAGACUUGCUGAUUAUUUCGAUGUGAUUGCUGGAACUAGCACGGGUGGUCUUGUCACUGCCAUGCUAACGAGCCCCGACGAAAACAACAACAACCGCCCCCUGUUUGCUGCUAAAGAUAUCAAGGAAUUCUACCUUAGCCAAGGCCCUAAAAUCUUCCCACAAGAAAGCAGCUACCGACUGUUAGCUCCGAUCACAAGGAUCAUCAGCCCCGUUAUGGGACCGAAGUAUGAUGGGAAAUUUCUACACGAGCUUGUCAAGGAAAAGAUGGGAAGCAGAAGAUUGCACCAGACACUGACCAAUGUUGUGAUUCCGACGUUCGACAUAAAGAAUCUCCAACCUACCAUCUUUUCUAGUUAUGAGGUGAAGAGAAAGCCGGAAAUCGACGCCAUGCUCUCAGAUAUAUGCAUCUCAACUUCAGCAGCGCCGACUUAUCUCCCAGCCCAUUACUUUGAGACCAAAGACCAGGAAGGAAAUGUGAGAGAGUUCAACCUGAUCGAUGGAGGUGUAGCUGCCAAUAAUCCGACGCUGGUGGCUAUGGGGGAGGUCACAAAGGAGAUAAUGGGAGGAAGCACAGACUUUUUCCCUAUAGAACCGAUGGACUAUCGAAGGUAUCUUGUUAUAUCUUUAGGGACCGGUUCGAAGAAAGAGGAGGGGAAAUACAGUGCCAAGGCUGCAGCUAGAUGGGGCGUCUUGGGAUGGUUAACAAGCGGGGGCGGGACCCCAUUGGUCGAUAUAUUCAUGCAAGCGAGUUCCGAUAUGGUCGACUAUCAUCUCAUGUCGGUGUUCCAGGCCCUUCACCUUGAAGAUAACUAUCUCCGAAUUCAGGAUGAUACAUUAAGCGGCGAUCUGGCCUCGGUUGAUGUUGCAACGGAGAAGAACCUGGACGACAUGGUCAAAGUCGGCGAGGCACUACUGAAAAAGCCUGUCUCUAGGGUGAACUUAGAGACGGGCAGACUCAACGCUGAGAAGCCGGAGACCAAUGAAGAGGCUCUCAGGAGAUUUGCUAGGUCUCUGUCGCAGGAAAGACAGCUUCGUCUCAUGAGGUCGCCUCACGGGCACACCGUUUUGCCGAAGAAAAUCCUAAAUCCACGAUUAACUUCGGGUGGUCCCUCAACUGGUUUAAUACUGUAAUUCAAAAUAACAUUGCUAGAAUAAAUAAUCGGUUUAUGCAGUUGUCGAUCGAUUAAGUGUAAUUCCAAUCACUUUUCCUUUCUUUCUUUUAUUGAAUAAAUAGUGGAAAAAGUAGCACUUAUUGAAUAUCUA